GGUCGACGUUCUCAUGUGCCCAUGGAGAAGGCGGCCUUUGAGGGGUGGCUGGAGUCAGUCUCCGCCUCUUUCCUCACGCUUAGUGACCAGCAGCGCAACCAGUCCCUGGACCAGCUCAUCUCGCUGAGUAAUGCUGUCCAGCUCCGGCACCUGUCCAAUGGGCUGGAGGCGCUGCUUAAGAGGGACUUCCUGCGCCUGUUGCCCCUGGAACUCACUUUCUACCUGUUGCGCUGCCUGGACCCGCAGACCCUGCUUACCUGCUGCCUGGUGUGCAAGCAGUGGAACAAGGUCAGGCUCUCUCACUCUGUCAUGGUGGUUGGCUCUCCGGUGGUGUGUAGUAGAUAGAACCUAGGUCAGAAUUCAUGUUAUACCCUUUUCACACCAUCGUGCUGACUAGCCCAAUAUUGGACUAAAGGAGCCUAACGUUACUCCUAAGUCCAAAGACCUUACAUGUUCAGUUUAACAGGUGAAUUGGCAAAAAGGAAGCCAAAACAGCCAAAUACUUCAUUUAAACGUGAAUCGAUUCUCAAUUGUGGUAUGGUUCUAGAAACAUAAAUCCCUCUACAUUCAUAUCACAAAAUAAUUUCACAAAUGCUAAAUACACACUUACUGUAAACUGUUUUAACACAGUUGCAGCCAACAGUAUUUUUCAGUAACAACACGUUUGUUGCGUCUUUCUUCCGUUUACACUCAGGUGUUCGGAGACGCAGAUAGCUAAUUAGCACAGGUAGUCCACUGUCUUCAGUCUGUUUUCUGUAAACAAGCGCUGUAACAUGGAAAUAUGGCUGUGUGGGAACCCUAACCCUAUAAAGGUGUUUCAAUUGAACCUUUUGUUCUUACAAAAUUAUUUCUCACCAACAUGAAAGAUAAGGUCUUUAUUCUUCCAAAACCGUACCACAAGCAAUGCUUGUUAAUGUUUAGACCAAGCGGUGCGCCUCUUAACAAAACUCCCCCCUACAGAAGACUUGAAUAAGUUGCACACAUGGGAAACAUUUUUAGUAGCCUAGGGUCUGGGAAAAAUGUGGCCUUUUUAUAAACGCAUUCAUGCAAUUCUACGUCAUUUUACAUGAGACUUUGGCAGAAUCUUUUUUAAUACAGUACAAAUUAUUGAAAUUACUGGCUACUUUGACAAACUGAGAAUCUGAGAUCAAUGAAAAUGACCUUGUCUUGAAUCCCUCAAUAGCCUAUCCCUAGGUGUGUGGAGACACAUUGUAGGCUACAAUAUGAGGAGGAAGUUAUAGUCCUAAAAAUGCUUUCCAGUUUCACUGACUCACCCAAUGAUGCACAGCUCACUCGCUGGUGAUGGCCGAUGUGCUCGUGCCAAAAGCCCCUCUCUCUUUCUCUCUCUUUGGUAAAACAAUAUUUGGAAGUUGAUCAAAUAUUUUGGUAGCCUACAGCAUAGUCUUUGCUUUUCAGCAGGAGCCAGUGCUUAAUUUGAGCUGGAGCCUGCCAGAACAGGAUCCGGCACCACUCCGUUUUGGACUGUUUUGUUCCAGAACCUAUUUGGCUGGAUCCUGUACCUCUCGUGGCAUGAAAAAUCAAUCACUUUUUUCAUUGUAAAAAUUAUGUAUUUUUUAAAAGCUAUCAACGUUAAUUCUCCUGCGUGUUCUAACGUGACAUUUUUAAAAAUCCGUUACUGAGGUUCACUUUGAUAUUGGACCUUCGCAUUUUGUACCUUUCCCCCUAAGAUUUGCCUCUGUUAGAUUUGUAUUUUGUUUGGGUUUCUUUGUCCUCUGUGGUUCUGGUUGAACUAUAACAUCCUUUUGGGAUCUGCCGCAGGUGAUCAGCGCGUGCACGGAGGUGUGGCAGGGCGUGUGUCGGGACCUGGGCUGGCGCAUCGACGACUCCAUCCAGGAUGCGUCCCACUGGAAGGGUGUCUACCUCAAGGCCAAGCUGCGCAUGAUGCAGCUGAAGAACCAGGAGGCGUUUGAGACGUCGUCGCUCAUUGGGCACAGUGCGCGCGUCUACGCCCUAUACUACAAGGACGGCCUUCUCUGCACAGGUGGGUUAUGGUCAUUUUGGGUUGUAGUAGUGUUAAGUCUUUCUCUGCCAUAACGUUGACGGGACGGCGUCUUAAUUGUGUGCUCUCUUUGGCUUCUUGGGUUGAAAUUAAGGGUUUGGUGUUAGCAGCUGUGAGUGCUGCUUAAAGUGGCAUUUUUUGUGCAAAAUGGAAAAUCUAUAAUAAUCGCUAGUUUGCUAGUGAUCUUUUGUAGUCUGUUAAAAUUACGUUGCUGUUACACUCGGUGUGUAAUUCCUCAUUGUAAAAUUCACCAAUUAUUUCAAAGGCUCUGAUGACCUUUCUGCCAAAUUGUGGGACGUCCGCACCGGGCAGUGCAUUUACGGCAUUCAGACGCACACCUGCGCCACGGUGAAGUUUGACGAGCAGAAGCUGGUGACGGGGUCCUUUGACAACACCAUCGCCUGCUGGGAGUGGAGCACGGGGGCCAAGAUCCAGCAGUUCCGUGGGCACACGGGUGCAGGUCAGGGGACCCCUGGGUCGUCUCCAACCUUCCCAUUUGCUGACUUGAGGUGUUUUGCAGAUCGUGCAUACUGUGUCCAAUUCCUGACAUAAAGGAUAUUGCGAAGGGAUAUCCCACCAUAGUGACAUAAUAAACAAGCCUUUGGGUUUUUACAAAAUGUGUCCAUAAGAACCAACUUGUGAAGAAAGAUUUAAUUCUCAGAGGUCUUCUGAUAAAAGGUUUGUUGUGGGCGUUGUGGUAUUGCAGUCUUUUCUCCCAUACUCUUAUAUUGUGCCUAGUGGUUCCUAGAGACAGCUGGCCUCUGCUGAUCUGUGGGGUUUUGAUUGACAGGCAAAUAUAAACAGAUUUUAUGCAUGAGCUGCCUCCAAGUAGCCUCGGUUGCAUAGAAAUUAUCAUUAUUCAGCGUUCUAGCAUCAAAUGUCUCUUUUCACAUAUCAAAUCUUAUAUUUCUUAUGUUAUAGGGAGAAAAAACUUCUAAGUGUACGAAAUUAUGAUUGUCACACCAAAUGUGUUGCAUAGCCUUUUGGAUUGGUGUACUAACACCAGGUCUCUCUCUCCUUGGCUCGGCCAGUGUUUAGCGUGGACUACAAUGAUGAUCUGGACACGCUGGUGAGCGGCUCGGCCGACUUCUCUGUGAAGGUGUGGGCCCUGUCAGCAGGCGCCUGCCUCAACACCUUGACGGGACACACCGAGUGGGUCACCAAGGUAAACCCUACCAAUCUGUCCUGAAUUACAUUCAGGAUCGCUGCUCAGCUGCAAAUGGUUUUGAAUCAGAACAUUUUAUCUGCAUGUUUGUGGGGUUCCGUUGAGGUCCUGGGGCAGAAUAGUGUAGAAUUGCAAAUCUUGAUCACAUAAGUAGCGAUUUUUGGAUGCAAGGAUUUGUAGAUCAGUGAUUUUCUAUGCACAAUCUGAAAUGCGCACAUUGUCUUGUGCAAGUGCCUGCGAAAUGGAUGAAAGAAGAAGUUUGCACAGUGUUGCAUUCCUGAGCAAAGCCCUGUCUAGCACACUCACUGUUUUUUCUGCUGGUAAAUUGUCAAAAAACUGCAAACUGCCCAGUGUUCAAUAGGAAUACUAGAUGAAGGAUCCAAACUGCAAGCUGCCCAGUGUUCAAUAGGAAUACUAGAUGAAGGAUCCAAACUGCAAGCUUCCCAGUGUUCAAUAGGAAUACUAGAUGAAGGAUCCAAACUGCAAGCUGCCCAGUAUUCAAUAGGAAUACUAGAUGAAGGAUCCAAACUGCAAGCUGCCCAGUGUUCAAUAGGAAUACUAGAUGAAGGAUCCAAACUGCAAGCUGCCCAGUGUUCAAUAGGAAUACUAGAUGAAGGAUCCAAACUGCAAGCUGCCCUGUAUUCAAUAGGAAUACUAGAUGAAGGAUCCAAACUGCAAGCUGCCCAGUAUUCAAUAGGAAUAUUAGAUGGUCUAACUUGUCAAGUCUUAAGACUCUCAAACCUUUUCCUCCCCUGUGUAGGUGAUUCUCCAGAAGAGUGAAGUAGAAUCCAUGGUACACUGUCCUGGUGACUACAUCCUGUUGAGUUCAGAUAAAUAUGAAAUAAAGGUAAUGUGGUUCAUUAAUUUGUGCUGCUUUGCAUCCACCGCCUUUUCAACUUUCACGCAAUGAUUGACCCUGUGCUGUCUUGUCACUGUAAUACUGAAGAAGCCCACAUGGUGUCCCCCCUCAGCUCCGUUUGACCACAGAGCUGCAUUAUCUCUACAUAUAUAUAUAUAUAUAUAUAUAUAUAUAUAUAUAUAUAUAUAUAUAUAUAUAUAUAUAUAAUAUAUAUAUAUAUAUAUAUAUAUAUAUAUAUAUAUAUAUAUAUAUAUAUAUAUAUAUAAUAUUCAUUCAUAUGUUUCUAUGUAUCAUUGGUUAUUUCACAGGUUUGGCCUAUAGGCAGGGAAAUCAACUGCAAGUGCUUGAAGACCCUGUCCGUGUCAGAGGACCGCAGUGUGUGUCUGCAGCCUCGCCUGCAGUUUGACGGCCGCUACAUUGUCUGUAGCUCGGACCUGGGGGUCUACCAGUGGGACUUCGCCAGCUUCGAUAUCCUCAGGUAAAAACUGCCCAGGGCCUUGUUUCCUGAUAAACAGAACUUUGCGCUUCAUCUUUUAUGCUCAGACAGGCCAUGUAUGCUCGGAAAUGCUUACCCGUGACGCAUUUCCCACGACCAUUUAAACUCCCUUGGCAAAAAAUAGGUCUCAUACAUUGUAACACAUUCAAGAGUGCAAAUACAGAAUUUCGAUACUCUACAUACAUAUUUAGUGAUAUAAAGACGGCCACACUUCUUCUACAUGUGACCAAAUGUACAGUUUAAGCUCUUAAAUGAUUAACUUGCAACGACCGGCUCCUGCCAGCUCCUCACUCAUCACCUCCAAUCUCUCUCCAUUUAGCUCAUGGAGGCUAGCAUUUCAGAAUUUAGUUGCCAUGACACCCAUAGCUAUAAAAGCCAAGGAGGAUCAAAUGAAACAAUUAGUUUUCCUGCUGGUAGACGGAGAUCCAUAGUGGAAUGAGAAUGCGUUUCUCAGCUGGCGGAUUUGGAAUCAUAUGCAGACUUUGCGAGGCGAUUCAAGAUCAGUAAAUGUUGUCGACACAUUAAACCAAUACAAAUUAAAUGCAUUUUUAAAAAUAAAUUGUAAUGAUAAAUUCAUUGUUGAUUUAUGUUUUCAUCAAACUAAUAAACAUUGUGUUUAUGAACUGGGGCCAUUUAUUAUUACAUAACUAUGAACAUGUUAUAACAAGUAAUAUAAUAAGAAUCUAAGUAUAUUACACCCACAGUAAAACCCAUGCAGAUUAUUACAUUUGUAGCUAGACAGCAAGUGUGGUAUAAUGACCACAAUAAUUCAACGAAUACAGACUGGAUGCUUUGCUGUUGCUAAGUAUUUUAUUUUAGAUUUAUUGAAAUAUGAAGUAAUGGAGUGAGCAGAAUAUGGCAAGGGCUAUGGAGGAGUGUCAGGUGGACAGCCAAGCGGUUCUGGGUCCCUAAAUCAAUGCUGGGGGACAGGAUGAGUGAUCGGGUGGCCCCUGGCGCCCGCAGCGGACAAAAAAACGCUUCUGUCAUCAGAAGAUGAGGAUGCCUUGGCCAACUGCUGUCAUCACACCGCAAAGCAAGGCUUUCCACUAAACUGGACCCAACUACUGCCAACACACCGCAAAGUAAGGUCGACCAAUACUUUGAGCUCCUCGGCAAGACACUGGAGGAAAACAGACUGAUGGAAAGGCCAGCACAGAUUUAGAACUGACCCGGGGCAAGGUCAUUGUGGAGAGAGGCUUCAAACAGCCUUACCUCUAGGCGCCAGGGACGAGGGACAGUGUCACUGUGCUGGCUUGUCUGAGUGCAGCUGGAAAGGAUAUCCUUCCCUUCAUCUUUGCAAAGGGAUAUACUAGAGGGACAUGCACACAGAAUGGCCGAGCCAAUGCUCUGUAUUAAAUUACCCUCCGGCUACGUAGACUCAGAGCUAUUUAGGAAGUGAUUCCAGGUUUCUAAAACAAGCAGUCCAGGAGUGCCCACUGCUUCCGCUGUUUGACGGCCAUUGUUCCCACAUGGACCUGAAAGUGGUGGACACCGCCAGAAGGGAAGGCGUCGUUCUUCUGUCUCCCAUCUCACUUUUCUUAUGUCCUUAAACCCCUUGAAAUUGGCGCUUUCGAUUUUUGGCUACUCCUCUCCACCCAUCAGCCCGCCCACUGGUGGCAGCUCACCUUAUCCCCCUUGACCUGGCAGAUCUAUUGGUUUGUUCCUCAUUUGACAAAAUGACAACAUACCGUCUCGCUGUGGUGGCAAGGGUUAUUACAGGGGAGGACUAUCAAAGACCGCUCAAGUGAAGGCAGGAGAGAAGGGGGCUGCUGCUGCUCAGAAGGAACAGCAGGCAGCAGCAAGCAGGUAGCGGGCCCAGGAGUAGACCGCCACCACAGCUCCACCCCCUCCUGAAACAACCACUAGCUCCAGCAUCCCCACCCCUCGUCGCAUCUGGCCUCCAUCGUCACGGCUACCAGCUGACUCCUCUCCCUCUGGAAACAAAAAGAGAACAGGUAAACUAUUUUAUUUUGAUUUUAAUUUUGUUAACAUUGUUUGUCUGUUUUUAUAAUACAAAACAAUAUGCUUAGUGUAUUGCCCCUAACUUUAAACAUAUCCUCCAUAGGCCAUACUUCUACCAACACCGCUAGCUCCAUGCCAGAAACAGCGAAUGUUUACCCAGGUAUUCUUUAAAUCAUUUUUUUCUCCAUUUUGCAGCAGUUGUGUACCGUCUAGCCAAUUGUACAAUGUGUAAAUCGACAAACAAAUCUUUAUUUCUACCUCAUACAGAUCACUGUAUUUAACCUUGUCAUAUAUUUAACCUUGUGAUGUCAUGGGCCGUUCAGAUGUUGGUGUUGCUGAUGCGGAGAUGGUGGUGGACACAUACCUUCAUCAGUAUGACAGGUUAAAUACAGUGAUCUGUAUGAUCAUAUAGAAAUAAAGAUAUGUUUUAGAUUUACACAAGUUGAAAUACAAUCAUGAUGAACAUUAUGUACAAAAAUGAGUUAAUAGUUACUCUUCCUUUUCCCCUCAGCCUGCACGAGCCUCAACAUUUACAGUGCACCUGGGGAGGUUGACCCCUCCCCUCAGAGGAGGAUGAGGACAUGGUGUUUUGGUUCCAGUGCAAACUAUGGCUCCACUCUUCAUGGAUGGGAUGGAGGGGGAAUACUAUUGCACCAUUUAAAUUAUUAUUAGUUACGUUACUGUGAUGUUUUGUUCUAUGUGCCAUGUUCUGUUAUUUAAACAAAUCAGUUUUAUGAAAUCAAUUUGUAUCAAUCAGUUCAUGACUGUAUAUCUAUUUAUUUUCUGUUUCAAAUAAACAUUCCAACUUAAACUUGCAGCACUUAUCUGAAGGUCAUCUUUUAAAUUUGAGUUAAUAUGCCUCCAACAAAUGUAUUUUCAUAUGUGUAGUUAUUCAAAUGUAGCAAUAUUCUGGUGGUAAAAAAGGCAUCUUUAAGGGUUUGACAUAAUGAUUGUUUAAAUGCCAUACAUGGAGAAGUAGACACAUUUGACCAAUAGAUGGCCAUCUUUACCUGAUGAGAAGCUGAGGCCCUCAGCAGGUCAGUGCAAGUCACCACUGUAACCAGGAACACGUUUUAUUUAUAGAACAAAGAACUAGAGACCACUGCAAUUAGAAUAAGUAUAUCAAUAACGAUAUCCAUGGUUACGAACAAAAGGACUUCUGAGGGUGUUCGUACAUGGAAUGUAACGGAACCUUACCUGCCAACAAUCUCAUGCAGUUACUGAAUCUCCUUGUCCUUCUUUCCAGGGUCAUCAAAACGCAGGACCCCGCCAACCUCUCCCUGCUCAGCUUCGGCGAGGUGUUCUCGCUCCUCUUCGACACUGACUUCCUGUAUGUCAUGGACCUGAGGACAGAAACUAUAACGGGCCGCUGGCCCCUGCCCGCCUACAGGAAGUCCAAACGAGGCUCCAGCUUCCUGCCGGGAGUCACCUCCUGGCUCAAUGGGCUGGAUGGGAGAAAUGACUCUGGCCUCGUGUUCGCCACCAGCAUGCCCGAUCAUAGCAUUCACUUGGUUCUGUGGAAGGAAAACGGAUAAAGAAAUACCACUAGAGGUGAAACCUACAAUGGCUAGGUUGUCAAUUGCCAUGUAAACGGGGUGCUCCGACUUUUGAAACUCGCAGCCAAGUUAGAUAAUGCAUGGACCAAAGUGUUAAUGUUUUUCUACCUUUUCUUUCUCGACACAUGCUCUCAUAUACAAACAUCAUGCAACAUGCUUUCAGAAAGAGUAUCGGAGAUGGUUUCACCAACCGAAACGCUGCUAUGAAUACAAGGGGAUGAAAGGCCUGGUUCAGAGGGCAAAGGCAGCGGUUGGUUUUAGUUCCAGCCCUGCCAUGGGCUCUCUUGAAGGAAAGACUAGGACCGGGAGGGUGGCUGAAUGAAGACUGAACUCUCUAAAAACUGUGUGGUCAAGUCAGGCUCUACAGCUGUAGAUAUUUCCCCUGUAUUACUAUGUAUUGGGACCUUUAAUCUUCGGACAGGGUUCUUCAAGCAGCUAAGAGGCAGGGAGUUGCCUUAACACAGUACUACUUUACAAUGAAAUACAAUAUGACUGUGUCCUAGGUUUUUCAUAGACUGACCAACCAUCCCCAUGAGAGUUCCAUGUUGACAUUUUCAAAGUGGUUUGGUGCAUUGGAUUUGUACAAUGUGAAGCGUUUGUUGGAUAUUCAGUGUAGCUCCAUUGUUUGAUAAUGCUUUUCUUAGGGGUGCUUGUUUUAAAGUCAACUUGAGAAAUGUUGUCAUGUGCCUUUAUAUUUGAUUUAAAUAUCCAUCUGUGUAAUAAGAAACAAACUAGAAUUCCAUUAUUACCCAGGCACAUUGCAAUAAGAUAAUGACUGCGUUGUAAUUUUAUUAUUUGAAUCUUUCAUACUCACCAUACUAUAACCAACCGCAUACAAUGUAUUUCUAAUACCACUAUUUACCCUACAUGAUUCACUUGAAUAUUUCUUGUGAAUUGCGGUAUUGAAGUAUAGACCAAGUUAUGUUCCAGGUUAUUUUUCUAAAGGCUUUGAGGUUGGAAGUUUGCACAAUGUAGUGAUUGAGAGGUGGACAAUUGGUUAUCUACUUGGAAGUCAAUGCAAGGCUUGACUGCUACAGUGCCUUCAGAAAGUAU